UAUUUUUCUUCCCUGGUAUCUGAUGUUUUGCUGUCUGUCUGAACUCUUUGGAGCUCUGUUUCAGAAACCGCGCUGUAAAGUUACAAUGGUGCGAAAAUUGCGUUUUCACGAGCAGAAACUCCUGCGGAAAGUAGACUUCAUUAACUGGGAAGUAGAUAACAACCUGCAUGAAGUUCGGGUGAUGCGACGUUUCCGUUUGGAUAAAAGGGAGGAUUACACUAGGUACAAUAAGCUCAGCAGAAACAUCAGAGAACUGGCUCAGAAAAUCAGGGACUUGAAUGAAAAGGACCCAUUUCGAGUGAAGUCCACCUCACAACUCCUAGAGAAACUCUAUGCAAUGGGACUAAUUCCCACAAAACAGAGCCUUGAGCUGUGUGACAGAGUUUCUGCAUCAUCAUUCUGCAGGAGGCGUCUCCCCACCAUCAUGAUAAAGCUGAGGAUGUCCCAGAACCUGAAGAUGGCUACUACUUUUAUUGAGCAGGGACAUGUUCGUGUAGGAACUGAUAUUAUAACAGAUCCUGCCUUUAUUGUGACCAGGAAUAUGGAAGACUUUGUAACUUGGGUUGAUUCAUCGAAGAUCAAGCGGCAUGUGAUGGACUACAACGAAGAAAGGGAUGAUUUUGACCUUGCCAUGUAACUGCAUCUACCAUUUGCUCGAUGGAACCAGCUUUGGAAGCUUUUGCAGUUUGUUUCAAUUCCCCAGCAGUGAUGCAAGAUGUAUUGAGAUGGAUCCCGAUUGUUUAUGAGAGUGGAUAAAAGCAGUGCACUACUGUUCAAAGAAUGAUUAACAUGGCAUGAAACCAAGGGACAAGGAGUUAGUCUGUGAUUUCCUUUAAUCUCAUCAGAUUAAUUUAUUUUGUCAUAAUUUUAAUCGGUUUAUAUCUUACUACCCAGUACCUAUUGUAUUCAGUCUUCUUUUUAAAACAGUCUAUCCCAGCUGGUAUGCAUUAACUGUAGAGGACUUCAUGUUGUGAUUGUUGUCAUUUAAAUGGCUAUCAGCUGCUUUAAAAUGAUAACUAAAAGGUGUAUUAAAAUUUGUAUAUUUGACCAAAAUAUUAUUCUAAAUGUCCAGUUGUCCGUCUCCCAUUGAACAAAAUUUGAGAAUUGAAAAGCUGUAGACUCCCAAAGAGUCAGAAAAGAAAAGUAAAACACACAUCCUUUUUUUCUCUCCAUUUACAUUGUCUUUUAUGGUAUGUUAAACAGUGUCUGUUUUUAACUUACCUGUUUUGUAAUCUGAUGGUUCCACUAGUAAAGUGUUUUUUUGGUAAACUUAA